AGUAUAAAGGGCCUGGCCCGCGUUGUCCAGGAUCUUCUCUAAUUCAGUAGUGGAUCAGGGCGCAAGUGAGCCUCAGCGGAACCCGCAGGCGGUGUCCGCCCAGUGACUGCCCCGAGGCUGCGUGGGAGCAGGUCGGGACUGGAAGAGCCCCAGCCUGAGGGCUACCUCCUUCCUGGACACCCAGCUCCGCAGGGCUCAGGAAGGCGUCCUCCUCACCACCAUCUCGUCUAGUGAGCCACCCGAAAGCUGUGAUGAAGUCGGGCAGUGUUCAGCCCGCAGUAGCUGUAGCAGGUCAAACGAUGCCCAGCAUCCCAACCAUGCGGCGCCUCACAAUUGAUGAUUUUGAAAUCGGGCGUCCUCUCGGCAAGGGAAAAUUUGGGAAUGUGUACCUGGCUCGGCUCAAGGAAAGCCAUUUCAUUGUGGCCCUGAAAGUCCUCUUCAAGUCCCAGAUAGAGAAGGAAGGACUGGAACACCAGCUGCGCAGAGAAAUUGAAAUCCAGGCACAUCUACAACACCCCAAUAUCCUACGCCUGUACAACUACUUCCAUGAUGCACGCCGGAUGUACCUGAUUCUAGAAUAUGCUCCAAGGGGUGAGCUCUACAAGGAGCUGCAAAAGAGCCACACAUUAGACGAACAGCGUACAGCCACGGUAAUGGAGGAGUUGGCAGAUGCUCUGACCUACUGCCAUGAAAAGAAGGUGAUUCAUAGGGAUAUUAAGCCGGAGAACCUGCUGCUGGGGUUCAGGGGUGAGGUGAAGAUUGCAGACUUUGGCUGGUCUGUGCACACCCCCUCUCUAAGGAGAAGGACAAUGUGUGGGACACUGGACUACUUGCCCCCAGAAAUGAUUGAGGGGAGAACAUACAAUGAGAAGGUGGAUCUAUGGUGCAUUGGGGUGCUCUGCUACGAGCUGCUGGUGGGAAAUCCGCCCUUUGAGAGCCCCUCCCAUAAUGAGACCUACAGACGCAUCCUCAAGGUAGAUGUAAGGUUUCCCCCAUCAAUGCCUUUGGGGGCUCAGGACUUGAUCUCCAAGCUUCUCAGAUACCAGCCCUCGGAGCGGUUGCCCUUGGUCCAGAUCUUGGAGCACCCAUGGGUCCGGGCCCACUCUCGGAGGGUGCUGCCCCCAUCUGCUCAAAUGGUUUCCUGAGCCCUGUAUACCCCUAAUCCUUUGUGAUUGCUCAUGGAGCACCCCUGGCUCUGGUAUCUACUGUCUUUUGUUUCUUCUCUUUUAAGAUGCAUCUUGCUAAUUAAUAAAAGCUGAAUCAUUUUGUACCAGG